AUGGAGUCUGCGUUCCUUGAUGAGUCCUUCCUGAGCGAUGAGCUGAACCAGAUAAUGAUUGAGUUCCCCUUAAAGGAUCAAUUGGACUGUCUGCAGAAGCUGCAUUGCUGCUCGAUUACUCCUGAUGACAGUCCCACUAUCAGCGCGGAGAUGUUCUGCCCCCCGACUCCCCUCACGGGGGAGCACUUUGCCUUUCUGCUCGAGAGGAGGGCACCUGGUUUAGAAGCUAUCGAGAGGAACUCAACUGGUCCAGAGGCUAUCGAGGGGAACUCAUCCGAUGUAGGAGUAGGUGAGUGGUCCUCCCCCACUGAGGAGCUCCACACCGCUAACCCGCCAAGUGAGCAUCUCGUUACCGCUGACCCUCCCACUGAAGACCUCCCCAUCGCUACCCCACCAAAUAAGGAUCUCCUUACCGCUAACCUCCCCAUCACCAACCCCGAUCGAGAGAAGCUAAUGAGCGACAUCCUCUUCCUGUGCUUCCACAAAAACGGGUGCGAAUACGUAAUAAAAAAGAUGAAGGAAAAUGAGGACACCGAGGAGAAGAGGAUAAUUCAAAAAUCGCUCCUACUCGAUGCAAUGUCCCUAUGUCCAGAUGUAUACGGAAGUUACGUUGCGCAGAGUGUUUUCGACUUAAGUGACGAUACAUACAAGGAACGAUUCACAGAUCAAUUUCUUGGACAGACAAGAUUCCUCUCUCUGCACACGUAUGGAUGUCGUCUCAUCCAAAAGUCACUGGACUCUCUGUGCAAUGAAUACAAGAGUAAAAUAUUCUUUCAAUUGCAGAACGAUCUAAUUACCUAUAUUUGCCAUCAGAAUGGGAAUCACGUCAUUCAAAAAUGCAUUGAGGUGUUACCCUCUGGACAUAUCGACACCAUCAUAAGUAACAUAGAAGACUAUUUGCCGUUCUUAAGUUCACAUGCUUAUGGAUGUCGUAUCGUCCAGCGCAUAUACGAAAUUGGAAAUACCAAUCAGAUAAAUAGACUAAAUGAUAAGAUCGUUAGGAAGAUACACUUAAUUAAAAACCGGUAUGGUAAUUACGUCAUUCAGAAAUGCUUCGAAUACUCAGAUGACACAGUCAGGUUUAUCAUCACAGAUGAGAUUGUCAGCGAUAUAUACAGAUUGUCUUCUCACAAGUAUGCCUGCAACAUUAUCGAGAAAAUACUCCUCAAGAAGGAGUACAAAUAUAAGAAAAAAAUAAUCAAAAAAAUUGUGAAUGAUAUUUCGGAUGGGAACGACAGCAUCAUCACGAUUUGUAAAGACUGCUACGGUAACUUCAUGAUGCAGAAACUGCUGACCACGUGCAGGCGGAAGGAGAGGACCGUAAUUGUCAAGACCAUCAUAGAGAACGUCGACAAGUUGAAGGACGAGACGUACGGUAAGGCCUUCUACGCACUCUCCCGAAGGGGGGAAGAAGCCUUGAUAGAGGAAAAGCACUACUGA